AUUUGCUUCGUUGACGUAUCAACCCUCAAUGUAGAUGACAAAGACAACAAGGAAGGAGGAGGACCUAGUUCAGAGGGGGAACUGGACCUGGAAAGUCUGGAGGAAAAGGAGAUAAUCGUCAUCAAGGACACAGAGAAAUUAGACCAGUCUAAAACCGAAGGAUCCGUGUGCCUUUUCAAGCAAGCACCUUCGGACCCUAUCAGUGUCCUCAACUGGCUCCUUAACGACCUUCAGAAAUACGCUCUUGGCUUCCAGCACGCUCUGAGCCCCUCCUCCUCUAGCUGUAAGCACAAAGUUGGGGACCUUGAAGGUGGGUACCGUAGUCAUCCUAAUAAAGACAACUGCUACAGUGUCUACGCUGACGAGCUGAGCAUGGACUACAUGGCAAACAAUCCCCACAACCUGCGCCUGGAGAUGGCCGCAGCCAAGAACACCAACAACAAUCAGAGUCCUUCGAGCCCCCCGGCUAAGUCGCCCAGCACACAGAGAGCCGUCAUAUCUCCCGAUGGGGAAUGCUCCAUGGAUGACCUCUCCUUCUAUGUCAACCGCCUGUCCUCCCUCGUGAUCCAGAUGGCUCGCAAGGAGAUCAAGGAGAAGCUAGAAGGAGGAAGUAAGUGCUUGCACCACUCCAUCUAUGCCUCCACGGGAGACAAAGGCAAGAGCAGCCCCCGAAGUGCAGUCAGCAAGAUUGCCUCCGAAAUGGCCCACGAUGCAGUCGAGGUGACUUCUGCUGAAAUGCGUAGCCCUGGAGACCUUGAUCACAAGGACCGGAAAACCUUCCUAUACAGCGAAUUAUCCAAUAAGAGCAAGGGAGGAUCUGACAAACAGAUGUGCCAGAGAGACAGUAAAGAAUUUGCCGACUCCAUCAGCAAAGGCCUGAUGGUGUACGCCAACCAAGUGGCCUCUGACAUGAUGGUCUCUGUCAUGAAGACCCUGAAAGUGCAUAGUUCUGGCAAGCCCAUCCCAGCCUGUGUCGUGUUGAAGAGAGUCCUGCUAAAGCACACCAAAGAGAUUGUAUCCGAUUUAAUCGAUUCCUGCAUGAAAAACUUACAUAAUAUCACUGGCGUCCUGAUGACCGACUCCGACUUUGUCUCUGCUGUGAAAAGAAACCUGUUCAACCAUGGCAAACAGAAUGCAGCCGACAUCAUGGAGGCUAUGCUGAAACGCCUAGUCAGUGCCCUCCUUGGGGAGAAAAAAGAAACCAAAUCCCAGAGUCUGGCCUACGCAUCGUUGAAAGCUGGAACCCACGAUUGCAAGAACAAGAAUCAGACCGGCCUUGAAUUUUCUGCCAUGAAAGCCGAGAUGAUGAAGGGGGGAGGGAAAGAUAAAGGGAAAAUGAAGACUGACCAAUGCAAAUCCCUGACCAGCGCUGAGAAAGUCAGCGAACACAUCCUCAAAGAAAGCCUCACCAUGUGGAACCAAAAGCAAACUGGUGGCCAGACCAAGUGCCAUGCCAGCAGCAAAGUGGGCCCCUGCCGUGAAGAGAAGAGGGAGAAGAUCAGCCCUUCCACAGAUUCCUUGGCCAAGGACCUGAUCGUCUCGGCCCUGAUGUUGAUCCAGUACCAUCUGACCCAACAGGCUAAAGGCAAAGAUGGUCUUGAAGAACCUGUCAUUGAACAACCUGCGUCCACAAUGGCCUACAGCAUGACCCAGGGUGGCCAUUAUGAGAAAUGUGGCGGCGGCCAGAGCGCCAAGGCACUCUCCAUGAAACAUCUAGAAUCACGAAGCACCGGCCAAUGCGCUGGCCCGUCCACUUCACCCAAAGAGCUGGACACUCAAAAACUGGACAUGUCCAACAUCGUUUUGAUGCUCAUCCAGAAGCUCCUGAGCGAGAGUCCCUUCAGCCUGGAUGAGCAAUGCGAAGGUGAGAGCAAACGGGCCGAGUCCAAAUCCAAAGUCUCCUCUUGUACAUCAAAGCGGUCCGACAGAGGUGAGGAACACUUCCAAGACCAUCAGGAAUUUGAUUUUAUCAGUGGAAUGAAACAAGUCAAUCGUCAGUUCGUUGACCAGCUGGUCGAAUCUGUGAUGAAACUCUGCCUUAUCAUGGCCAAAUACAGCAACAACGGGGCAGGCCUGGCUGAGCUGGAAGAACAAGCCGGAGCCAACCCCGCUAAUUACCGAGCCAGCAGUAAUUCCAGAUGUGCUCAGGAUGCCAUGAUGUCCCACUCAUAUCAUGAAAACCCUGGGCCCGAAGUCAUUGUUAACAACCAGUCUUCCACCAGCAACCUGCAGAAGCAGCUCCAAGCUGUGCUCCAAUGGAUUGCCGCUUCACAAUUCAAUGUUCCCAUGCUCUACUUUAUGGGAGAUGAGGAUGGUCAGCUUGAGAAGCUUCCAGAGGUGUCAGCCAAGGCUGCUGAGAAAGGGUACAGUGUUGGAGAUCUCCUCCAAGAGGUCAUGAAGUUUGCCAAGGAAAGACAACUUGAUGAAGCAGUGGGGAACAUGGCUAGAAAACAACUGCUGGACUGGCUGCUCGCUAAUCUGUGAGCCCACUCCAUCGGAAUCCUCUCCAUUAUACUCCCGCGUUCUGUCCCAGCCGGAGUGCCACACUCCAUCCACUAUGGUAGUAAAACGCACGUUUCCGCGAUGGUAUUGAAUGACACAACGAGUGAUUGUACCACGAAUGACAUUGAAUGUACAACGAGCUGGGUACAAGACCAAUAAAACA